CAAUAGAUAUGUACUUGAAAUCGUUUCUACUGUCAUUGGAUGGGACUGGGAGUACCCCUUUACGAAUGGCCUCGUGUUCUGUAUUUCCUUCUCGUUUUCUUUUCUUCUCUUUCCCUUCUCAAAAUCUCAGACCCUCUAAAAUAGUUCACUUAUCGCGCCGCCGUUAUCUCCCCUUCCGCAGCACAGCAACCGCCGUUAAAGAAGGUCAAGUUAUCAGAAGUCCGGGCCUCAUCGCCAUAGAGUACGCUGACCUCAGCCUUCCUAACAAAGCUCCCGAGGAUCUGGGUCAGGUUCGGUUAAGGCAGCAUGUCAACCCUCUUAGCGCCUCUUUCUCGGUUCCUACUCCAGCACCAGAUUGGAGUCAGGUGUACAAGGACACAACACUACCCCUUAUGGUGGAUAUUGGAUGUGGUAGUGGUAGAUUUGUUCUCUGGCUUGGUAAGAGAAAUCAGGGCUCUACAAAUUACUUGGGACUGGAAAUAAGGGAAAAGCUGGUUAAACGUGCAGACAGUUGGCUAAAUGAUCUAGGACUAAGGAAUGUACAUUUUAUGUAUGCGAAUGCAACCAUUUCUUUCAAAGAUAUUGUAUCCACGUACCCUGGCCCAUUGAUGUUUGUUUCUAUACUGUGUCCAGAUCCACAUUUUAAGAAAAGACAUCAUAAAAGAAGGGUCCUACAGACUCCUUUAGUGGAUUCUAUUGCGAGCCGUCUAAUGCCUGGAGGACAGGUCUUUAUCCAGUCGGAUGUAUUUGAAGUGGCGCUUGACAUGAGAAGCCAAUUCGAUGUCCAUUCUACGCUUUUACACAUUGACACUAUGCACUGUGACAAAGAUGGUUGGUUGUUGGAAAACCAAUGGGAAUAAGAACAGAGAGAGAUUCAUGCUGUACUUGAGGGCGCAAACAUUUACAGAAGAAUGUAUAAAAAGAUGAUCUAAUGGGUCUCUUUCAUGUUUGUUAGUGCAUCAUCAGGUAAAAAGAAAAAUGCCCCUUCUUUGGGACGAUGAUGACAAUUUGAAGGUUUCUUCAUGGAAGGGCGAUUAUUGAGAAACACAUGGAGUAAAACAGGUGAAAGAAAUCAAGAAAUUAUUCAAAAGAGGAAGGAUUGUCUAUCUCCUAUUAUGCUAUCCAGCCCUAACCAUUCUUGUCACAUUAACCGGGUUUAGUGGAUUUUAGAUUCGGCAAUUUUUUUUUUUCUUUCUAUUUGCGCUUGUAAUGUUUUUAAAUUUAUAGUAGUUGUGAAGCAAACCACAUUCGAAGCAGAGAUGGAUCAUUUUGGAUUUGA